GUUAGUAAAUUUUUGCUUUGGUAGGUGAGUUUGAGUCCAUUGGAAGACACAAAACAAGGGAGGGCCCAUGUGAGUUCUCGUAUGGUACAACGAACUUUACAAUAUAUAAACAAAAAGUACCCCGCCAACCAUACAAUUAUUAAGAAACUUCCCACUUCUUCUGCCAAAAACUUUCACAACACACUUGGUUAAUUUUUUAUUUUUUUUUCUCUUUUUUCCCCGGUUAUUUUGUCUGGUUUUCCUUAAUAUUUUAUAAACAUCAUCAUUUUAAACCCACCAAAAGCUUCCUCCCUACACUUUAAAUAUUAUAAUACAUGAGGCCUUUAAAUACCCUUUAACGUUACCAAAUAUGCCAACACUCUAUACCUAUAUCUAUAUGCAUUAUUAUUCAUAACCACAAUCUCCAAUUCCCUUUUCUCUGUGAUAUUUCUCAAUUUUCAAAUACAUCAUGUUGGAUGUAACAUUGGAUUUGAUCAGUCAAACUGCUUCAAGCUCUCUAUUUGCCUUCUGUUUUUGCAAUUUGAUCAUAGUGAUCAUCCUUUUGGGGUCAAAACCAGUUAACUCUGCUCAUGACCAAAAGCAAAGUGACCAUGCACCUCCUCUUUCAGUGGUCUCCAUCCCCAAAACAGUCACACAUGACGAUGAGGCUGUAAAACACAAUGGUCUCGGCAUGGAGGAGAGGGAUGUAUUAGAGGUGGUUUGCCAACAUGUCUCAAAUCUGCAGAAAGAACUCGGUGCUGAAGAAAAGUUUCAUGAUCAUCUCGAUGAUGGUAAUCAUGAUGAUCAUGAUCAAGAUCAUCAUGAUGAUGAGUUGAGGAAAAGAGUGGAAGACUUUAUUCAGAAGGUAAACAGAGAAUGGAAAGAAGAACUGAUAAGAACUUCCCAAUGAAGAUGAAGAUUUUCUUUUCUUUCUUUUUUGCACAUAUGGGACUGAAUUGUGGCUGUUCUGAAUUGGGAAAUCUUCAUUUUUUUUUUAUAUCUCAUAAAUUGUGUUGUUCUUAGAAUUUGGUUUAGAAAGGAUAGUACCUCUCAAGUCAUGUUUGGCUAACUCUAUGGUUUUUUGAGGGUAACUAGCUAUGUUCAAAGAUGUAAGAAAUUUAAUUUAGUUGUUUAGUUAAAUUAAUGAAGGACACAAUAUGCUGU